UUUCUAAAUUCUAACAUUUAUCCAGUCAUAUUCCACAAAUUUGAGACGUGUCCCUUGAGUAAAUCCGGAUCCGAGACAAGUAACCCAGAAUGAGAAUCCGAAAGGGGGGAAAACCCGAAGACCCGCGGCCUCUAACGUAAAAACACCGGCAAACGAAGCCCAAACUGGGAAGGAGCUCGCGUUCGCAGCAGAAUCGCAGGUGAUGCUGCGAGCAUCGAAGCUCUCUGAAACCACCAACUCCUAAUCAACAUCUCUUUCUCGAGCGCACGUCCGUGCUUGCGUCAGCAAAACUCUCUCUCACUCGCAUGCCUCUUCGAUCUCAGCUGUGAGCUUUGGUGAUAAUCAUGCCGGAUGUGCAGGCCCUUGUGAAUGAUUUCCUUAAUAAGCUUAAGAAACGUAAAAUUGAGGGCUCACGGGCAACGGCAAGGCAGACGGCUGAAAUGCUUCGGUUGGUGAUUUCACAGCAGCGAAGUCCCUACACAAACGAGGCUGGCACUUUGAUUGAUGCUGUAAGGGCGGUUGGGGAGCAGCUGAUUGCUGCAAAUCCUCUUGAGCUUGCUGUCGGUAAUAUUGUGAGGCGUAUUCUGCAUAUUAUUAGGGAGGAGGAUCUCUCUCUCGCAACGGCUGCUAUGGCUGGUUUGGGCUUAUCAGCUGUUAGUGAUGAUGAAGAUGACACUGACCAAGAUAAUCAUCCAGUUCUAUCAGCUGCUGCUCUUGCUGCUGCUGCAAGAAGCACAUUGCGUCCACCUUCCUUGCAAACCCUUCUCGAGGAUGUGCCUGACUCAGCGGCCAUUCCUCACACUUCUUCAUCUGGGGGUGAUUCUGAAGGAAAAAGCAAAUCUGCUGAUAGAAGUUCAAGAACUUGGAAGCUGAAGUAUGAUGUCAUUGAAGCAGUUAAUGAACUCAUUCAAGAUAUUGCCACUUGCCAUGAACAGAUUGCCGAGCAAGCAGUAGAGCACAUUCAUCAAAAUGAGGUAAUAUUAACUUUAGGAAGUUCAAGAACAGUAUUGGAAUUUCUUUGCGCCGCAAAGGAGAAACAAAGAUCAUUUCGGGUGUUUGUUGCAGAGGGUGCACCAAGGUAUCAGGGACAUCUUCUUGCAAAAGAAUUGGUCGCAAGAGGUUUACAAACCACCCUAAUUACUGAUUCUGCAGUCUUUGCCAUGAUUUCUAGGGUGAACAUGGUUAUAGUUGGAGCACAUGCUGUCAUGGCCAAUGGUGGGGUUAUAGCACCGGUUGGGUUGAAUAUGGUUGCACUUGCAGCUCAAAGGCAUGCAGUCCCUUUUGUUGUACUUGCUGGUAUUCACAAGUUGUGCCCACUGUAUCCACACAAUCCUGAGGUCUUGUUAAAUGAGCUGAGAUCCCCUUCUGAGCUGCUGGAUUUUGGAGAUUUCUCAGAUUGCCUGGAUUUUGGAAGUGGCACUUCUUCUCUACUUCAUGUGGUCAAUCCGACAUUUGAUUACGUGCCACCAAAACUCGUUAGCCUUUUUAUUACUGACACAGGAGGGCACAAUCCAUCAUACAUGUAUCGCCUCAUUGCUGAUUAUUACUCUACUGAUGAUUUGGUGGUACAACAAAGGCCUACAGGGAAUUGAGUUUCGCUCCCACUAUUUUUGUCAUUUGUUGGUUUCAGGCUGUUCAGAAAACUAGUGUGGGAAGAAGUGGGCAGGGAGAAAUGAAAUUUAGAUUGGAUUGUGCGGAAUGUAGAGAAUAUAUUAAUGCUGGGAAGAGACUGGGAAAAGUUGCAGUUCCAAUGUAGGGGAAUGGGAAUGAAUAUGCUAAAAGAUCAUGAAACAAAGGAGGAAAUGGAAUAUAGCCCGUUUCCUGGUUUGUGAAGAGCCACCAUACUGAUUCGUUAUUUCUUAACAACAGUUUGCCUUAUUUCCAACC